AUGGCUCGGCGCGGCGGCCACCGCAGCGCCUUUCUGUGGUUCGUGCACGACCAGCUGCCCGAGCUGGAGCGGCGCGGGCUGUCCGUGGCCUGUGUGGGGGACGCUGUCCCCCACUGCUCCCAGGCAUGGGAGUCCCUGACAGAGGAAGAGAAGACGAUGUAUGCAGAGAAGGCUCGUACGUGGAAUAGCAAGAAACGCUCUCAGAAGACAGUGAAGGUGCCUGAUCCAGUUCCUGCUCCUCUGACCACAAAGAUGCCCAGUGUUACUCCUCUGCCAGAUGCCUCUGCUCUGUCUUGGAAGAAUGAUCAGGAUAUGGUUGCAGACAUCUUCUACUUCCUGGACAUUUACAGCUAUGGGAAGCUGCCACCCCACUGCGAGCAGCGCUUCCUUCCCUGUGAGAUUGGGUGUGUCAGGUACUCCCUGCAAGAUGGCAUCCUGGCUGAUUUCCACCACUUCAUAGAUCCAGAAGUACCACCACGUGGUUUUCGGUACCACUGCCAGGCUGCUGGUGAUGAAACCCAUAAGAUCCCCAUAUCUGGAUUUCACCUUCCUCGUUCUUGUUACGCCGUUGUCCUGCAGGAACUCAUUGAGUUUGCCCAGCCAGCCGGGGGUGCUCAGCCUCGCUUCUUCUGCAGGUCUAAUGACAGAUUCCGAAUCAACUGGUGUCUUGGUCGAAUGGCCAGCAUAACAGGCAUUGGGAGCCACUGGGAGCUUUUUGCAGUAGAAGACCUGCUAAUGAAACUGUACCAGAAGAAAUACCAAAAGGAGCCAUCCAACGUCUGGGUGUAUAGAAAACUGGAUGUCUGCCUGUGGGAUUUCUCCAGUAAUACCAGGUGCAAGUGGCAUGAGGAGAAUGAUAUAAUCUGCUGUGCUCUGGCAUCCUGUAAGAAAAUGGGUUACUGCAUCAGUAAAUCCUUUGCUGGUGUGUAUGGAGUCCCACUAACAGCAGCUCACCUUCCUCUGCAAGACUCUGAUUGUGAUCAAGGCACAAAUACCAGGAUUGUAAAACUGGAUGCUGGAUGUACCCAGAAAAUGAAAGCUGAAAGUUCUGGAUGCAACAAACCUUGGGGUUCUCCAAGACAGGAUCAAGAGUUUGUUCCUUCUAAUUAUAACUAG